GUAAAACAACCGUGCCGUGCCGUUGUUGCCUCGAGGGAAAUGCGAGAGCGCAGAUGAUUCUUCUACCCGCGUCAGCUAUCAUCAAUUCAACGUCGACAUCAUCCCAACACCAAGACGUCUCUCUCGCGCGAGCGUAAGGAGCCUUCGAGUCUUCUUCCAUUGUCAGAUCCCUUCGCCGAGUGUAUAGCAUGGCCGGCGAAUCCCUCGUUUCUUUUCCUCGAUUUGUCGGAACAAAAGCAUGGCCAGCCUGGAUUGAAAGCAUUUCACAACAUCAUUAGCCACUUCUCUCAACGACCCUCUAUCUAACCCCUCAGCCCACGCGAUCAUGGACAUCAACUCUCUACUGUCUCCUUCCGAGACCCCUCGCGCCUCCUCUCUCACCCCUACCAUGGCAACCCCGCCAGUCGUCCCUUCUUUAAAACAUGCCACCGUCCAGCGCGCAAGUUCUUCAACCUCACUCCCUCUUUCUACCAAUUCUCCACUCUCAAGAGCCAUACAUCCUCCAUCUAGCAUCCCACCUCAUGUUCGCAGUCCCUUGCAACAACCCGCCCACUCUUCUCCGCUCAUCAGUCCAGUUCCUGCCGGCACUGUCGCUCAGCUCCUGCCCAGGACGUCCUCCACUCAGAGCAUCGAGACUCUGGCCGAUCUCUCCUCCUUGCAAACACACCAGACUGCAAGAGUGACUCCUCCAAUCAUGAACAGAGGGGACUCGACCGACAGCCAAAAGUCCUCUGCAGGACCAUAUCCCACUCUCCCUGCUGCGGCUGCCACUUCACAGCCUCGAACCUCUUUCGACAUUGCCAUGGUCGAGACUCCCAAUAAAGAAGUCUUGCGGUCCGAUUACUCCAAUACCUCUCUAGGGCUGGACGCUCAGCAACGCCUGGCGGUCCUGGUCGCGUAUAUUCAAGAAACCCCAUCCUCCUACGAGGCUCAUACGGAAAUCAUCAAGAUCCUCCAUCACGGCUUUGUCGAUUAUAUAUAUCCCUCCUCAGACCCCAACGCGCGCCGUAAUCCGAAAUCAUACGAUCUCUUACCCGAGCUGCGCCGCGCUCGUGAAAAUUUGGAUAAAUUAUUUGCGGUAGGAGAAGAACAAUGGCUCGAUUGGCUUCAAGACGAGAGCAUUCUGGCAGAGACUGCAGACGAACGUGUUGCUGUUGUGGACAAGUGUCAGCGUGCUCUAUCCGAAGAACUUGGUAGCGUAAGACUCUGGAUAACAUACGGCGAAUGGGUUUUACACUGCUAUAAAUGGGCCCAGGAUGCACUCGGUGAUCCUCAAGCCGAAAAUCUCGAUCCUGAACGCUUAAUUGGCCGUGAGGUCUUUGACUGGAAGACAGUCUUGGACAUCUGGGCUGAUGCCGUCCAGCACACAAAGACAGAUAUGAGCCGGAGCCACGAAGUCUGGAACAAAUUUUUCCGCGUGCAAUUUGGCGAGCCCGGCACCGAACUCGCCAUCAACGAUGCUACCGAAGCCCUCUCCCUCUUCCAAACAAGACUUCGUGUUCCCCAUGCUCAAUGGCAACAUACUUUCUCUGCAUUCUCUAGCUUUGUUUCAGCAAAUGUACCGCCAGAUGAGUAUGAGGCAGUGAUGGCAUCUACCCUCAAGGACUCGGCCAUGGCAAAGCAGAUAUUUGCAGACCGAGACCAUCUAGAAACUGCUAUCGAGCAAGCAAAGAAUACCGGGGACCAAGCUGCUGAAUUUCAAGCUUUCUCGGCCUACAUAGAAUGGGAGAGAGCCCAACGCGAAAUCUCAAAAAAUGGGAAGGCCAGAGGGAAGCGCAGCCAACUGGCCAUUUCUACAGCCGACUUCGAUAUGAUUGCUGCUCUCUUUCAACGAGCCGAGCUGCGUUUCCCAUCGUCCUUGCCCAUCUGGGAGGAACACAUCGAACACAUCCUGGCAAAUUCAAAAGCCGACGCAUUGCCUCUCCUUGCGAGGGCCACCAAACAUUGCCCUUGGUCUGGUUCACUCUGGAAACAGUAUUUGUUAACAUCCGAACUCAUGGAACAACCUUUCGACGCAACCGAGACGAUCAAACACAAAGCCACUCAGACGGGAUUGUUGGAUGCCGCUGGAAUUGAAGAAGCCCUGGUUGUCUACGAUGCAUGGUGUGGCUAUCUUCUGCGUCGCACGAGACGUCCAGAUGCCACCGAGGAAGAUGCUGAUGUUGCUGAGAUGGGGAUCCGGUCUUCAAUAGAGGCCGUGCAUAGCCUCGCUUCGAAGCUCGGUAUGUCCUCCGAUUUCGACUCCACUUUUCGCCUGCAGCGAAAACAUGUUGAGUAUCUCAAAUCUCAACACCGCCUAGACAAUGCAAGAGCUCAAUUCGAUGAGAUGAUUGCGGAUUACGGCAAAUACUACAAGUUUUGGCUACGUUUCUACGAUUUUGAGCUCCAGAAGAACGUCCAGAUGGCCUUUUCACACAGCAAUGGCGCUGACAGACUCGCUGCAAUCUCAUCGGCCCCGUUCGCCGCUGCCAUCCUCAAACAGGGGCUCCAACAGUCUCAACUUGACUUUCCAGAGCCCUUGAUUGAGGCUUUGAUCAAUCACUGUGAAGACUAUGAAGACGCUGAGGAGUUGCAAAGUGCACUGAGCCUCGCACGCAAGGUGCGGAAGACACUCGCAGUCAAAAGACAUCAAGAGGCACUUGAAAAUCCGGUACUCGUCACUGAUGCACAGGCAGCAGAGGUGCAAGUGAAGGACGACUAUGAGCUCACAAACGGGCUGUCAAUUGGAAAGCGCAAGCGCGACAAUGAUGUCGAUGACGUCGAUGAAAAGACCAAGCGGCGGAGGAGCAAUGAUGAUUCUGAACAGCCGCUAGAGUCAAUCGAUAAACCUGAUCAACCUCUCAAACGUGACCGCGAGCAUGCCAGUGUAUUGGUUCGUGGUAUACCGGCAAAUCUAGCUGACUCUAAAAUCAGGCAAUUCUUUAGCGCUUGUGGCACAGUCAAAAGUCUUAGGCCGCUGCAGGACGAGGAUGGCAGUGUCGUUGUCGAGUUUGAAGACGCCGAUGCUGCUAACUAUGCCCUUUCUCGCGAUGGUCGGGAUCUCGAUGGAUCAGCCUUGUCCGUCACUCUCAACACAGGCUCCACUCUUUAUGUCACCAACUAUAUUGCAGCAGCAGACGAGACAUAUAUCCGAGAUCUUAUGAGUCCGUACGGAGACAUCAUUAGCAUCCGCUUCCCGUCGUUGCAGAAGAACAAGAGACGCAGAUUUUGCUAUGUGGACUUCAAGCGGCCCUCAGCUGCCCAAGCUGCUACCAAACUCGACGGAAAAGAGAUUGAUGGUCUGGCAAUCACGGUCAAAAUCUCAGAUCCGUCGAUCAGGCAGCCUCGUACAGAGCAAGCCGAUGGACGAGAGCUCUUUGUGGGUCAUCUGCCUUUCAAAGCCACGAAAGAGGAUAUUGAACAGGCUUUUUCGUCUUUUGGCACCGUCGAGCACGUGAAACUCCCUCAAGACCCCAAGUCGAGCUCACGAAACCGUGGCAUCGCGUUUAUCACGUUCGCGACGUCGGACGAGGCACAAGCGGCUUUGGCUAUGCAUCAGCAGGAUAUCCUCGGGAGAAAAAUCACCGUCAGUCAGGCUACCGAAAAAGGACCCAGAGGUGCCCGGUCCGUCAACGGCAGAUCAAAGUCACCGUCCGUCGCGGUCGAUGACAAUGAUAAAGCCUCUGCAAAGGGUUCUCUCCAGGCUCAAGAAGAGUCAGAAAUCGAAGACCGACGAAGUCGAACUAUUGCCAUAUCCGGUCUUCCUGACACUAUCAAUGAGAGCCGGCUGCGUGUACUGGCCGAGAAAUUUGCUCCUGUUCGCAAAGUGAUACUCAAGACAAAUCACCAAGGUGCUCUAAUUGAGUUCGAGACGAUCGCCGAUGCCGGUCGUGCUUCGAUUGAGCUUGAGGGGUUCGAGAUCAUUCCAGGUCGCAAGAUCCGCAUCACGACGGAAAAGGAGAUGCUUCAACAGCAAGCCGAGCACAAGCAAGAACAGUUCGUCAAGAAGGCUACCGUUGGUCAUGCACUUUCCAAUGGACCUGUGAGAAGGCCCAACCAGCCGGGUACAAGAAAGGGUGGACACCUUGGACAGCGAUCUAAUAUGGUGUUUGCGUCGGCCAAGAAGGAAGCUGAGGCUGCAACAGAUGAGAAGCCAGGGGUCGGAAAAACCAACGACGAUUUCAGGUCACUAAUGAAUAAUAAGACAUAGGAAAGGGGGGAAACAUGGUGGUAAUGGUGGAGCCAGAGACAACCGGACGGGAACAAAAUGUGAUUUAUGCCAUGUGGUAGGGGCAGGCCAAAUGCGACGAUGUCAGGGAGGGCCUACUAAGACGCAUGGCGAAAUUAGGGAUAUGCUUCCUUGUGCAGACCUGAAAAGGGGAGGGAAAGGUUCGAUGACCUAGGAGUCUGAUUGGUGUGAUGUAUGAUAGAUCAAAAAAAUUCAGGUGGAGCUACGUGUCAUCAAAGAUGGUGAAUCGUAUAUUGAAACUUGAGCUUUGCAGAUGAUCUUGUGGCAAUACUGGGAUCCCACAUGAAGCUUCUUUUGUUUAUUUCUCUAUCGAUACCCGACCCAUGGUUAA